AUGGAGCAGGAGCAGGGUCAGGUGGCACCCAUCGAGGUGAACGGGGGGGAUGAGCAACAGGGAGGUAGCAUCGACAUCGGGGCAGGGUCCGAUGGACCGCCGAGCAUUAUCGGUGUCGGUCCGCCGAGCCCGCUUACCGGGUGCUAUCUGUUGAUUGUCAUCGGUGAGCCACAUUCGCAGGACCAUAAGGAUAUCAUUCUCCAACGGCUAAUCAAAGGCUUCCUUUCAUGGGAUGUUGUCGAUUGCCAUGUCGAUUUGGAGGAGGAACUGCAUACAAUCACGUUGCAGGCAUUGGAGGGCGAGGAAGGCAAGCAUGGUGAACGGUUGAUUCAGUAUGCCAGCGAAAAUUUGGUUACUGAAAUCUUGAUUCAUCCACAAGUCAACACCUUCAUCCAAUGCAUCCGGAAUCUGCUGAGUAGCUUCACUCGGCACCGUCACAUCAUCCAUACGGGCUACACGUUCGCAGGAAAUGGAUCGUGGAUAUUACAGGAUGGAACAUUUUCAGUGAUGGAUUUCAUGGAGGCAUUCCAGGAGCACGAGGUACAGCGCGUACUUCGUGCCUAUCCUGAAACGAUCACUAUGGAUAUACAUUGUGCUCCCGUAGGGCUGUGGCACACAAUCCAGGAAAAGUCCUUCUCGCGACUUUGCCAGAUUCGCUUGAAUCCCGUGGAUGUACUCAGCUCAGGCAGUGAAAAAUUGAACGGCUUUGUCGCCUAUUUAUCGUCGAUGAUCAUACCGACGGAAAUUUCCGAGCUAUUGGAAAGCUCGGAUGUUGUUGGAAACAUCCGUUUCAGCCAUCCAACUUUGUACGUCUUCCCAGGAGGUCAGGGAGAUGCUGCUCUUUUCGGAAUCAAUGGUUUCAACAUGUUAGUGGAUGGAGGCUUCAGCCGCAAGUCUUGCUUCUGGGACUUUGUACGUCAUCUAGAUCGGCUAGAUGCGGUAUUGAUGACACGCAUCAAUAACACCAACAUCAAGGGCAUUUCAUCCGUAGUAGAGCGCAAGAGUGAAGCUCACGUCUACCCCCAGAUAGGACACUUUUUCUGCAACAUUCCCGAACGCAAAGGUUUGCCGAGCCCGGACGGAGACAAGGAUCGGGACCCACUGCUGGUGGAUAUACUACAGGAGGGUCACCAGAUCGUCACGAACCUAAAGUCGUUGAACUUGAAGGCACAAAACUGUUACCGCGAUGUGGAACCGAUCAAUCUGUAUCAUAAGGUUGGUCACGGAACGCUCGAUAUGUACGUCAUCAGCCCGUCACGCGACUCGCGUGAGGUAAAGGAUUUUCUCACCCGCUGGGCAGCCGCCGAUCAGCGCCUGUUUACGAAAGAGACGAAGGAUGGGAAAGAUUUUGCCUUCCCGCUUCAAAAUCUCAUCUCCAUUUGUGCACUGCUCGUGUGGACACCGGCUAAUCCGGAAGACAAUAUUACGCGCAUUCUCUUCCCGGGUUCCGCACCUGAGUAUAAGAUACUGGAAGGGUUGGAAAAGAUGAAGAACGUCGAGUUUAUGCGACAGCCAGUAUGCCCAGUCAAAUCGAUCACUGCAAAUCUAUCCACACCAGUAUUAGUCACGAAGAAGUCCCUCAAAUCGGCCUCGACUGAUCGCAUCAUAUCGGAAGCGUUACAUCCGUCCAAGCCCAAGGACAACAAACUUCUCGACAACAAGAUGCGAAUGAUGGCUGCCGAUAAUAAGCUUGCUGCGGACGGAAUGGAUAGCUCAGCGGAUGAAAUCAAGAUGGAGAAACAACUAUCGAAGCCACCCGGUACGACCACUGUUGCUUCGGCCAAGAUGGACAGCAAACCGAAAGCUAUUCGUUCGGGCAAAGCAAUGACCAUGGCCGAGAAGAAGCUUGACAACAAGAAGUUGGAGCAGCAACAGCAACAAGACGAAAAGAAGGACUCCAUUUCGGACGUUAGCUCCGACAAGGAAGAUGUGCUGUCAACGGACAAAUCUAAACCAUUGGCAGUGGACAGUGAAAAGAGUCUCGACGAUGCACCCGACGGACAAGAGAAAAAGGAGGAAACUGGCUCAGCCAAACCUGACCUUGAUGCGAAAGAAAAGAAGAAAGAAGAAGCUGCAUCUCCUGCCGGGGCCGACACCGGUGGCAUGGUCACAAAAGCCAUCAGAAAGCCUCCUACAUCACGCACAGUUACAUCAUCGACGGCUAGAACCAAGGUGGACACAGCAAGCAAACCUUCCAAACCGUCGGCAGACCGUAAACCCGCAGUGAAGAAACAAACCGAAGCGAAUAAAUCGUCACCAACAACACCGAAGAAAACCAGCUCAAUCGAAUCGAAGCUAACCAACGGUAGUGCCACCAAAGCAGAACAGGGAGAAGACAUCAAAAAAGCUGUCGGUAAGACAACUGCUUCUAAAACGGUAGGCGCGAAACCGGGCAAAUCUAGUCCAAAAGCAACUCCGGCGAAGAGUGCCAAGGAUGAGAAUAAUCGCAAAGUUCUCGAGGCGAGACAGCGCCCAACAAUGGCUGCUAAGCGCGAGGCUCGAAAAGAUCUCGAGAAGAAAGAGGCACCUGCGUCGAAGCCAGCCGAGCGCAAACCUAUCUCACGUCGUCCGAAGGGCACCGUUACGACAUCCUCCGCCGUAGCAACUGCCGGUGGAAGUCCUGUGAAGGCUAAGAAGGUGUUGAAAUCCGAAAAAGACGCCGUCAUCAGGAAGGCUAAGCUGGAUAAGAACGGUACAACCGAUUCAAGCCUCGUUUCGACCCCCAGUGCAGAUGAAGGAGGCGUUCCAGUACCCAAGCGUCCAGUAGGGGUCGCUGCUACAGAUGUCGUCCCGGGUGACAGUGACACACUGGAGGCGAUAAAGAAACAGCAACAGCUAGCCGAGCUAAAGGAAGAGCAGGAGGCGGUUCGUGAGAUCGAAGCCGUAUUUAAUCGCGAUUCAGCUGCGCAAAAGGCUCUCAAACAUCGGGAACUGGCGCUGACUGAAGAGCAUCGUGAGGUGCAGGACAGCGCCACCGAGCCGGAGGAAGAGGAGGAAUAUCUCAUCAUCGAAAAGGAAGAGCAGUACACCGAGGACUCGAUCAACGAACCCGAAAGCAGUGCCACGAAGGAGGAAGAGAUUCAGAAGCACCAGCGCGAUUCGCAAGAAUCCGAGAAACGUAAGCGCGACAGUUUGGAGGAAGAGAAAGAGGAAAAGACGGAUGCGGUUAAGAUUGUUGGUCAGGGUCAGGUGGCUGCCGCAGAGGUUGUUGAGAGCGAAAAGGCGGAUGACGAUCAGCCGGAACAAGACGAAGGCGUCGUGCAAGCAAGUGCUCCAACUGAGGAGGAACUGGACGACCAGGACCGGGAAGUGCAGGAAAAGCUUUCGCCCAAGCACAAACAAGAGCUCGAAGAGGAAGUGCAGGACAUUAUCGCUUCGGCGAAGGAAAUCGCCAAGUCCAAGAUGGAAACCUCAAUGGAUGGUUUGAAAACGGAGGAAAUCUCGUCCAUCAGUCCCGAUGAGAAGAUGAGCAGCACGAAAAAGACCAGCGAUACUCGUGAUGAGGAACAAGAGCUACCGAUCGGUCAUCCCAAGGAUCACAUCGAUCCACCACAUCACGAGAGCCACCACGAGGAGCGUGUGUCGGCAACCGUCGAAUCUGGGGCCACCACGACCGCUCCAACUCUUCCCGAAGACGAGCGCAUCCCGCUGGACGAGAUUAAGGAAGAUCUUGUAAUCGAGGAGAAACACGUCAAGGAAGAAACGAAAGAAAUCGAAGUGGCUUCGGCGGUGGCGGUUGCUGCCGCUACUGCUGCUGCAGCAAUACCAACCGAACAACCAACAGGGCCAGUUGCAUCCACAGAAAUUACAGCUACUGCAGCAGCGGCUCCGUUGCAAACCGUUUACGAGCCGCUAGAACGACCAACACCGGCAAAGAUGCAGUUCAGUGCCCAACAAGCGCACAUGCGAGAUGUGGUGAAGACACCGGACGAAGUAGCCGAUCUACCGGUGCACGAAGAGGCCGAUCUCGAGGAGGAUUACGGUGAAGAUAAGGAUAAGGACAGCAAAGAGGACGAGGAUAAGGAUCGUGAUACGAAAGAAAAGCCAGAGGAAGAACCCGUCGUCGCAGUCUCUACGACAACGGUAGCAUCCACAAUGGCGGCGAUAGAGACUGAUGCUAAGCAACUUGAGAAGACUGAUGAUGAAAGGCAUGUAGUGGAUAAGUCAGUUGAAAGUGAUAAACCAUGUGAUACGGCGAACAAGGCAACCGAAGUGAAGGAAGUGUUCGAGAAGGUUGAGCGAGACACUCGGCUGGACAAGCCACCAAAACCAGACGCACAUGAAACUAAAGAACAGGACGCUUCGAACGCAAUGCUCAUGGACGAUUCUAUCUUAAGGGAUUUGGAGUCUCAAAUUAUCCCGGUGGAUGAUAAGCUCGACAGCGCAGUAACGGUACAGCAACAACAUCAGGUUAAACAGGAAAGCAAGACACCAGUCGAGGAAACGGAUAUGCAUGAUGAUCAGGCUGAGGACGAUGAUGAUGAAGCCAACAAGGUUCCGGUGGAAGAAGAGCUGAUUGUUGCGCAAAAAGUGGUACCCAAAGUUCCGCAACCACCACAAACUGUUACAUCCGUAUUGGACGAGAUCUGGCAAACGCCUUCAAAGGUAGAGGAAAAACUGGACGAGUUAAAACAUCUGAUCGAUGACAAGGUGGCAGCCUCGAUGAAAGGCACCGGAAAGGUGUCGGAAUUGGUUGCCAUGAAGGACACUAUGGUAAAAAGUGUAGCAGAACAGAGGGAAGAAAUUAUCGGUACCGUGGUGGAAGAGGCCAGGGACACUGAUCGUAAGGUGAAGGAUAUGAUUCAGGACGCUGGCAAGGAGGUAGAGCUAAUGGCUGUGCAAACGGCUGGUGAAAUUGUGACGGAUAUUACCGGCAAAACAGACACCGUGCUGGAUAAUUUGCAAACGAAAACCAAACAAGUCGAUGACGAAUUGAAGGCAGCCACGGCAAAGCUCGACGCUAAAGUGGAUUCGUUUGUGCAGGACGUUUCGCAGGUCGCUACCAAAGUAGAUGAAACCCUCGGUACAAUUGCGGCCGAAAAAAGUGAACUGGAAAAGCUAGCGAAAGAUCUCAAGCAAGAUGUGGUCAGUCAGCUGGACAAUGCAAAACAGCAGAUCGAAGAGGACAUCGCGAAGGAGGUUGAGAAAGUCCAAGAUAAAGCCAAGACUGGCAUCAGUUCGUUCUUCGGCAGUAUUACCGAGGGCAUCAAGAGUGGAAUUGAAAAAAUGGCGGACAAAGUGGAAAAUAAAAUCAAGGACAAAGCCGACGAAGUUGAAGUGAAACUGCAACAAGUAACGGAAAAGAUCGACAGUCUACAAAUGGAACGCGAAUCGGAAGCCGCUACUGUGACGCAACAGGAAUCGGGCCAAGCAUAUGAUCGUUUUGGUGGACCUUACGAACGAAGCUUCACGCAGGAGCUGCGGGAAACUCAUAUUACCACGGUUGAUUCUCCGGUCACAGAUGGAGAUAAGCUGAGUAUGGAGCUUAAAUCGAUGGUCAACAUUCCACACGACAUCGACGAAGAUAAGGAACUCGAAGAGCUGGAGGCCAACAAAAACAUGGGUACCUUCGUCAUCGAAGACAUUAAGUACAGUGCUUUUGAGGAUGCCAAUCUACGCGAGAUUAAGGAGGAAGAAGAAGAAGAUCGUGUCUCACCACCCCAAGGAGCAUCGGAAAAACUUGGUCCAUCCGUGGGGGUGAUGCCUCCACGGGCCCGAACUCCCGAAGAUGUGGCUAAAAUAGUGGCCAAUGUAGCGGAAGUGCUGAAGUCCGACAAAGAUUUGGAAGAAAUCAUCCCCGGUUUCGAUCCACAAGAGCUGGAGCGUAAGCUUUCCCAAGGAACCGCUCGCGAAGAAGAUGUAGGCACUGUUCAACGAAUGCUCGUCACGGCCAGCAGUGAGGAUGGCGGGGAAGAAACGGUCAUCUGUGCCGAUGGCACUAUUACUUUCUCAAAGUCAGCUACUCCGGAACCGAUGCAGGGUUCAGGUACAACCACGCCGGAAAUAAAGGUGCAGGAAGAAAACGAGGAAGAGGAGGACGAGGCGGACAAAUCUGCCGAAGAUCACGGUCUUAUUCUUGCGAAAGAUGCUACUGAAAGCAAGCGAACAGUGGAUGAAAAGAGUAGUCCAGCAUCAUCUGGCAAAUCUUCACCCGACCUAAAAACAUCGCCCACUUCGAUAGAAGAAAAGGAUAAACACGAACUACCCGAGAAGGUGGUCCAGGUAGAGACGGCAAAGCCCAAAUCACACGAAGAAACUGUUGGUAUGUUGAGUGAUAUACAUAAGGAAUCUUUGGCCGAUCACCAAACACACGAUCAAAUUGAUGAUACGAGACGAGAAUCGGCCAUCAGUACGUUCAGCGAACGAGACUACACUAAAGAUGAAAGCUCGUUCGUCGAUGAACGUGACUCGUCUCGUGCGCAUUCUAUCUCGAGCCACAUCAGUGAUCUCAAAGAAGACCCAACGGACCUCAAAUCGGUUGCAGACUUUUUGAAAGAAACUGACAAAGAACAUGAUCAGGUAUUUGUGGAAACGGACGAAAAGACGAAGGAGCUAUCCAGUCCCGAAUCGAUCACAAGCCAAAAGACAGUUUCGGAGAAGGAAACACCUGGCUUGGAAGGAAAAGAAACGGCUGCGGUCAAUUUAAAUGAAUCCAGCAAAUUAAUGGAACAAGAGUCCAUACAGCAACUGGGAACACAGACUCCUGCACAAGAAACAGACCGAUAUACAAAACAGUCAACCGAAGAAGAGGUAUUUUCCCGUCCAGAUUCACCCGCCAGUGUAGGAGAUGCGUCCCACCAAGCCGCAUCGUUGCAAAAAGAUCAUGAACAAACGGAUGACGAACAAAUCAUUCCCACCCGACACAAGCUAAAAGAAUCGGCAUCACUGGACCUUGCCGAAGAACACCAACAAGCAGCCGAAUUUUCUCGACCAGCAUCGCCAGACAGCGCUGAGGAAGUUUCCCGACCGGCUUCGGCAACCGAAACCGACCAAGCACGGCCUAUGUCAGCUGCCAGUGGACCCGCAGAUAAGGCUCCGUCCGAGAAGUCCGUCGAUCUGAAGGCUGAGACCAAGGAGGAUUCCCGACCUGCUUCAGCUGCCAGUGGACCCGCAGACAAGGCUCCUUCAGAGAAGUCCGUCGAUCUGAAGGCUGAGACCAAGGAGGACUCCCGACCAGCUUCAGCUGCCAGUGGACCCGCAGACAAGGCUCCUUCAGAGAAGUCCGUCGAUCUGAAAGCUGAGACCAAGGAGGACUCCCGACCUGCAUCAGCUGCCAGUGGACCCGCAGACAAGGCUCCUUCAGAGAAGUCCGUCGAUCUGAAGGCUGAGACCAAGGAGGACUCCCGACCUGCAUCAGCUGCCAGCGGACCCGCAGACAAGGCUCCUUCAGAGAAGUCCGUCGAUCUGAAGGCUGAGACCAAGGAGGACUCCCGACCUGCUUCAGCUGCCAGUGGACCAACGGAUAAGGCUCCUUCAGAGAAGUCCGUCGAUCUGAAGGCUGAGACCAAGGAGGACUCCCGACCAGCUUCAGCUGCCAGUGGACCCGCAGACAAGGCUCCCUCCGAGAAGUCCGUCGAUCUGAAGGCUGAGACCAAGGAGGACUCCCGACCUGCAUCAGCUGCCAGUGGACCCGCAGACAAGGCUCCCUCCGAGAAGUCCGUCGAUCUGAAGGCUGAGACCAAGGAGGACUCCCGACCUGCAUCAGCUGCCAGUGGACCCACAAACAAGGCUCCCUCCGAGAAGUCCGUCGAUCUGAAGGCUGAGACCAAGGAGGAUUCCCGACCUGCUUCAGCUGCCAGUGGACCCGCAGAUAAGGCUCCUUCAGAGAAGUCCGUCGAUCUGAAGGCUGAGACCAAGGAGGAUUCCCGACCUGCAUCAGCUGCCAGUGGACCAACGGACAAGGCUCCUUCAGAGAAGUCCGUCGAUCUGAAGGCUGAGACCAAGGAGGACUCCCGACCUGCAUCAGCUGCCAGUGGACCCGCAGACAAGUCUCCUUCCGAGAAGUCCAUCGAUCUGAAGGCUGAGACCAAGGAGGACUCCCGACCUGCUUCAGCUGCCAGUGGACCCGCAGACAAGGCUCCCUCCGAGAAGUCCGUCGAUCUGAAGGCUGAGACCAAGGAGGACUCCCGACCUGCAUCAGCUGCCAGUGGACCCGCAGACAAGGCUCCCUCAGAGAAGUCCGUCGAUCUGAAGGCUGAGACCACGGAGGACUCCCGACCUGCAUCAGCUGCCAGUGGACCCACAGACAAGGCUCCCUCAGAGAAGUCCGUCGAUCUGAAGGCUGAGACCAAGGAGGAUUCCCGACCUGCAUCAGCUGCCAGUGGACCAACGGACAAGGCUCCUUCAGAAAAGUCCGUCGAUUUGAAGGCUGAGACCAAGGAGGACUCCCGACCUGCAUCAGCUGCCAGUGGACCAACGGACAAGGCUCCUUCAGAGAAGUCCUUCGAUCUGAAGGCUGAGACCAAGGAGGACUCCCGACCUGCAUCAGCUGCCAGUGGACCCGCAGACAAGGCUCCUUCAGAGAAGUCCGUCGAUCUAAAGGCUGAGACCAAGGAGGACUCCCGACCUGCAUCAGCUGCCAGUGGACCCACAGAAAAGUCUCCCUCCGAGAAGUCCGUCGAUCUGAAGGCUGAGACCAAGGAGGACUCCCGACCUGCAUCAGCUGCCAGUGGACCCGCAGACAAGGCUCCUUCAGAGAAGUCCGUCGAUCUGAAGGCUGAGACCAAGGAGGACUCCCGACCUGCAUCAGCUGCCAGUGGACCCGCAGACAAGGCUCCCUCCGAGAAGUCCGUCGAUCUGAAGGCUGAGAUCAAGGAGGACUCCCGACCUGCAUCAGCUGCCAGUGGACCCGCAGACAAGGCUCCUUCAGAGAAGUCCGUCGAUCUGAAGGCUGACACCAAGGAGGAUUCUCGACCUGCUUCAGCUGCCAGUGGACCCGCAGACAAGGCUCCCUCAGAGAAGUCCGUCGAUUUGAAGGCUGAGACCAAGGAGGAUUCCCGACCUGCAUCAGCUGCCAGUGGACCCGCAGACAAGGCUCCCUCAGAGAAGUCCGUUGAUCUGAAGGCUGAGACCAAGGAGGACUCCCGACCUGCAUCAGCUGCCAGUGGACCCACAGAAAAGUCUCCCUCCGAGAAGUCCGUCAAUCUGAAGGCUGAGACCAAGGAGGACUCCCGACCAGCUUCAGCUGCCAGUGGACCCGCAGACAAGGCUCCUUCAGAGAAGUCCGUCGAUCUGAAAGCUGAGACCAAGGAGGACUCCCGACCUGCUUCAGCUGCCAGUGGACCCGCAGACAAGUCUCCCUCCGAGAAGUCCGUCGAUCUGAAGGCUGAGACCAAGGAGGACUCCCGACCAGCUUCAGCUGCCAGUGGACCCACAGACAAGGCUCCUUCAGAGAAGUCCGUCGAUCUGAAGGCUGAGACCAAGGAGGACUCCCGACCUGCUUCAGCUGCCAGUGGACCCGCAGACAAGGCUCCUUCAGAGAAGUCUGUCGAUCUGAAGGCUGAGACCAAGGAGGAUUCCCGACCUGCUUCAGCUGCCAGUGGACCCGCAGACAAGGCUCCCUCAGAGAAGUCCGUCGAUCUGAAGGCUGAGACCAAGGAGGACUCCCGACCUGCUUCAGCUGCCAGUGGACCCGCAGACAAGGCUCCUUCAGAGAAGUCCGUCGAUCUGAAGGCUGAGACCAAGGAGGACUCCCGACCUGCAUCAGCUGCCAGUGGACCCACAGACAAGGCUCCCUCCGAGAAGUCCGUCGAUCUGAAGGCUGAGACCAAGGAGGACUCCCGACCUGCUUCAGCUGCCAGUGGACCCGCAGAUAAGGCUCCUUCAGAGAAGUCCGUCGAUCUGAAGGCUGAGACCACGGAGGACUCCCGACCUGCAUCAGCUGCCAGUGGACCAACGGACAAGGCUCCUUCAGAGAAGUCUCUCGAUCUGAAGGCUGAGACCAAGGAGGAUUCGCGACCUGCCUCAGCUGCCAGUGGACCCGCAGAUAAGGCUCCUUCAGAGAAGUCCGUCGAUCUGAAUGCUGAGACCAAGGAGGAUUCGCGACCAGCUUCAGCUGCCAGUGGACCCGCAGACAAGGCUCCUUCAGAGAAGUCUGUCGAUCUAAAGGCUGAGACCAAGGAGGAUUCCCGACCUGCUUCAGCUGCCAGUGGACCCGCAGGCAAGGCUCCCUCAGAGAAGUCCGUCGAUCUGAAGGCUGAGACCAAGGGGGACUCCCGACCUGCUUCAGCUGCCAGUGGACCAACGGACAAGGCUCCUUCAGAGAAGUCCGUCAAUCUGAAGGCUGAGACCAAGGAGGAUUCGCGACCAGCUUCAGCUGCCAGUGGACCCACAGACAAGGCUCCUUCAGAGAAGUCUGUCGAUCUGAAGGCUGAAACCAAGGAAGAGUCCCGACCUGCUUCAGCUACCAGUGGACCCGCAGACAAGGCCCCUUCAGAGAAGUCUGUCGAUCUGAAGGCUGAGACCAAGGAGGACUCCCGACCUGCUUCAGCUGCCAGUGGACCCGCAGACAAGGCUUCCUCCGAGAAGUCCGUCGAUCUGAAGGCUGAGACCAAGGAGGACUCCCGACCAGCUUCAGCUGCCAGUGGACCCGCAGACAAGGCUCCUUCAGAGAAGUCCGUCGAUCUGAAGGCUGAGACCAAGGAGGACUCCCGACCUGCUUCAGCUGCCAGUGGACCCACAGACAAGGCUCCCUCAGAGAAGUCCGUCGAUCUGAAGGCUGAGACCAAGGAGGACUCCCGACCUGCAUCAGCUGCCAGUGGACCCACAGACAAGGCUCCUUCAGAGAAGUCCGUCGAUCUGAAGGCUGAGACCAAGGAGGACUCCCGACCUGCUUCAGCUGCCAGUGGACCCGCAGACAAGGCUCCCUCAGAGAAGUCCGUCGAUCUGAAGGCUGAGACCAAGGAGGAUUCGCGACCUGCAUCAGCUGCCAGUGGACCCGCAGACAAGGCUCCUUCAGAGAAGUCCGUCGAUCUGAAGGCUGAGACCAAGGAGGAUUCGCGACCAGCUUCAGCUGCCAGUGGACCCGCAGACAAGGCUCCUUCAGAGAAGUCCGUCGAUCUGAAGGCUGAGACCAAGGAGGAUUCGCGACCAGCUUCAGCUGCCAGUGGACCCGCAGACAAGGCUCCUUCAGAGAAGUCCGUCGAUUUGAAAGCUGAAACUAAGGAAGAGUCCCGACCUGCUUCAGCAGCUAGCGGGAUACCAGGUGUACUUGAUGUCUCAGCUUCGAAAGAACCUUCGAGACCCGAUUCAGUCGCAUCAAACAAAUCUUUCAUAAUGGAUUCGAAGAGUGGACAUGACACAACAUCAGUCACGUCAUUUGCGCGAUUUGAAGAAUCUUUAUCCCGUCGAGAAUCAUCAACCACAAAGGAAGAACAUGAUGGCGCAGUGAGUGAUGGUGAUGAGGACAAUUUCGAAGCAAAAGUGUGUAUGAAAGAAACACGAUCGAAAUCCAUGUCCGCUGUAGUCACUGUUUCUGGACAGCGUUCCGGAUUUGAAGGUGGUACUUUGGGAGUGCUCGAAGAAUCGGUUAUUGCUUCGCGUGACGAUUUGGAUAUGAUACGCAGCCCUCGGGAUAGUGUUACUAAGCUAGACCCUCCCUUUAUUCCAAAACAAGCGGAUAGCGCGUUGAACAAAUCCUUCAAACCAUUGUUCGGAGACGAUCCACAGUUCCCUGGGGAGAAAGAGGAUGUACAUAAGCAUGAUACCACUACCAUGUUUCCGAAAUGUGGUUUAGACAGUUCCGAAAGUCCCGACCAUGGCGCAACGAUCGCUAAAGGCAUGGAUCAGCUACUGAAAGAUACAGUCACCUCAAUGAAGGAAAUUGAAAAGAUGACAUCGACGGUCAUUUCUUCCACGAAAACAGAGGAAUCGAUGACCGAAACUAAGGCAACAGUAACUUCUAUCCCGGGAGCAUUCCCAAUGACAGGGGACAGUGGCAAAUCAUCUCCCUAUCUUGGUGAAAAAUCGCAGGAAUCCAGCGCCAAAUCAGUUAGUCCACUGCAGGACAAGGACUCGCUUGAGGAGAGCACCACUUCGCUGAACACUUUCAUCGAAAAGGAUAGCUUGUCAGAAAAGGCGUCCACGCAACAGCAGCAUGUCUCAAUUCGUAUGAGUUCUGCUGGUGAGUCUUCGGUAGAACAAUGUUCGACGUCAGCUGAAAAGGUUACAGAAGAAUUGCUCUUCGCGGGUAGCAAAACACCACCAACAGCCCCUAUAAGCCCGAACGUUGCUGCAAAGGAUAGCAUAAGUGUAACUCAAUCUCAUUACGAAUCCUCGGUACUGUCUGGUACGACCUCUGGUUCGUCAGCGACAACUACUUUGGCGACUUCUGCUAUGACGACAACUAUCCCGACCGCGCCAAAGGACGAUGCAUCUGGUAUUUCAACACCUAAAGAGUCUGUACCAUCUGGCAAGUCGAGCCCGGGGCUGAUGUCCGUGCACACGCAAGGUAGUACGGACAGUGCUUCCAAAUCGAUCAACUUGGGCCACAGCAGUUCAGGUAUUGAGACAUCAGAUUCAUCGCCAAAGCCUACAUCGCCCUUUCCGAAGGUGGUCGUCGACACGCUGAAACUUGCGGACGAAGCAAAGACCACCUCCGGCAUGAGCACACCGGACAUGACGCGUUCCUCAACGCCAGACAUGGUCGACUCACAGAUUGAGCGUAUCGCCACAACUGCAGCUAGCGCAGACAAGGGUGACUCUCAGACUACUGUCACGACGACGACGACAACGACAAAGACCACGACGUACAUCAUCAAGGAUGGGCAGAAGAUUGAGGUGGACAGCAACGAGCAAAGUGAUACGGUAAGCAAAAGUGAAACACAACAGCCGGGAGCAUCCACCGUUACUCCCGCGGGUGUAACUUCUUCUACUACGACUUACGUAAUCAAGGAUGGGCAAAAGGUCGCAGUGGACAGCAGCAUCCGUAGUGAGGUGUCCGACCAGACCUCCGAGGCAAUCGCUGCGACAAAAGCAUUGGCUCCCACCCAGCUUACGCUGGCCGGAACCGAAGAACGUAGUUUCAUCGAAGACUACGAUGAAAAGGACGUUCUAUCACCGCGGUCAGAUAUAUCGUCCGGGCAGGCGUCACGCAUUGUAGCCGGAUGGCACGAUGAGGAUGUCCCUGGUUCACCCAUGAGCGUGACCUCACAGGCUCCGUUGUCGCCCAGCACUAAGUACACCUACGACUAUGACCUGCAGCACUCCAGCUCGGGCGUGAGCAAGAAGUCCGACAUCGAAAUUGACCAAGACAGUCAGGAUGACAUUGUGCCACCACAGUACGGAAGCGAGGAGGCGAAAACGGCCAUUCCUAUCACUUCCAGUUACAAGCCAGAUCCCAUGAGCACUUCAUUCUACGGACAGCUGCCAGAAGUACCGUCGAGUAUGGCGAUGGCGUCGAGCACUACCCGUUCGAUUCCAAUUCCGAUCACCGGGACAACGAAGGGCUUUUCCAAACCAUACGUCGAAUAUGCAUCCAGCGGCGAUAGCAGUGUCGAUUCCAUUCACAAACCACCCGUAACCGGCGACCGUAAAUACCUGGACGAGGCGGACUUGGACUUUGAAAAGGCAUUUAGCAGCGCUAGCAGCACUAAGAUGGACGAUGUCAUGACCACUUCGAUGCACUUUUCGAGCGAGAAGGAAUUUAUGGCAGCAACAACCACGGUCGCUAGUAUGGCCCAAGCGCAAAAAAUGGAAAUGGACUUCACUUCCACCGGACUCCCGUCGUCGGUGACAACUACCCUGACGGGAGCGCAACCGAGUGCGACUGUAGCGCAGUCCCUACCGCCACAACCACCACAACCCCAAGCGCAAUCACAAUCAAGUCUAUUACAAUCAACCCAGCCAACUGCACAGUCCACGAGUACGUCCUCUGCGGAAGCAAAGAGUGUGCUUGAUUCGUGGGGAAAGCCAUUGGGACUUCCAUCGCCGGCACCAAUGACAGCCGAUGACAACAAAACGACCCCGAAAAAGGAACGGCGCAUGCUGAUGAGCAAAACGAAGCUGAACAACGAGAAGAACCUACGCAAGCGGGCCGAAUCGCCUACAAAGGCGAAAAAGCCCACUAGUCCCGUCUAUGUGGACCUGUCAUACGUGCCACAUCACGGCAACUCGUACUACGCGAACGUAGAAUUCUUCAAGCGUGUCCGAGCCCGGUACUACGUAUUCUCCGGCACCGAACCGAGCCGGGAGGUGUACAACGCCCUGCUGGAGGCCAAACAAACAUGGGAAGAUAAAGAAUUAGAGGUAACUAUCAUUCCAACGUAUGACACCGAUGUACUUGGCUACUGGGUUUCGGAGAACGAGGAACUGCUCGCCAAAUAUCACAUCGAUCUAUCCCCGAGCGCGGCACGGUGUACAAUCAACCUGCAGGACCACGAAACGUCCUGCUCAGCUUACCGGCUCGAGUUCUAG